GAAGUAGCAAUAAAAGAUAAUAAUCAUAUGAAGAACACGAUAUACAUUUACUAUGCGUGUCAGAUCAGACCAUGAUUUAUAUAUAACUUUCUUCUUCUAUUUUGAUUUAAUUAUCACAACAGUAGUUUUUAAAACAGUAAUGUGCGCGUUACAUAAGUGUUAUUUUUUAUUUCUUAUUUUUAUCUUUUAAAUUCAUAGAAGGCUCCACUUGCCAAGGUCUGUGGGUUACAUAACAGGGCUAGCCCUCCCCGUUACAAGUUGUUCAACCUAAGGGUGUUAACUCUCACCAGUAUUGGUGAAUGGGGAGACUUGAACUUGUGACAUUCCUACUCCCACACCAUAUGCAGGUGCAAGGUGACCAACCGGGCUAAGCCUGACUUUCGCUACAUGAGAAUUAAUUAUGUUGCAACUUUAGAAGAAAGCAAUAAAAAAAUAUAAAAUCCUUUUGCAUUAUUCAGUUGUACCUACCAAGCUGAAGUAUAUUAUUUUGGUGUUGAUAAGGCAUUAUGGCCAUAAAGUAGAAAUAGUUUAUACUAUAAAGAAGCAUGGCUGAUAUGCUAAUACUAAAAUCAAAAUUGGGCCAACUGAUUGUAAGUUGGGCCUCACUAAUAUUAGACCUUAUUACUUCAAGAAAUCAAAAGGAUACUGAAUAAGGGUUUGUACGUGUCAAAAGUGUCAUCUCAUAAAAGAGCUAAUUGUCACGAGGUUAGAAUGUGCAGCAGAAAAUUACCUGUGCUUCACUUAGCAAAUCUUGGUAGCGAAAUGCUAGGUAAGCCUUGAAGUAUGAAGUAAGGAGGCUAGGAGCGAAAAUACAAGGAAAAGCAUAUGAAUCUUAUUUCCAUGAAGGAGCCUGUACAAAGUAGGAAGCCUAUUAGGAAUAGUAGGCUCUAAAAAAGUACAAAAUUCUUGGAAAUAUUUUCUAUGUUUUAAUCUAUGUUACUAAUGAGAGAGAUGGCCUAUUUAUAGCUCUUGGCCUUCCAAAUGUGUGGCUAUAAUUUAAUUACAAGAGAAUAGAUUUGUUCAAAUUUCGGGCCUGACCGAGUUCAGGCUGGGCUUGGUCGAGCUUGAAGUUUUCAAGUCUAGGCCCGAGCCUGGCUAUGCGGGCUUAAAUUUUUGACUAAGCCCGGUCCGUCAUAAAAAAUAUACUUAAUUUUUCUUUAUAAUUUUCGGGCCCGGCCGAGUUUGUUAAGAAAUGAUAUUCCCAAGCCUGCCCAAAAAAUAAGCGGGCUUUUGUGAGUUCAGACUUGGGCGGGCUUAACAAAAAAAAAAAGAGGUGUCCAAGCCCAGAAUUUUUCGGGCAAGUCUACAAGAGAAUUAUGGAGCUCUACAGCCCACCUUGCAAACUGCUUGCACAAAGCAAGGAAAGGUUUUGGAGAAAUCUGGCAGUUUCAGCAGUUUGGGCUUGCAUACGUAUUUUCUAUAUUUUUAUUAUUAAUAUUAUAUUUAUAUUUAAUAUUAUAAUAUUAUAUAAAUUUAAAAACUCGAAGGAAUUGAUGGGGGCCCGCACAAGCAGUGGAACAUGUAGUUUAAUUUGAUGUAAAACGAAGAACCUUGCUAGGGCUUGAUAUGCCGCGAAACUGAGGUUAGGCUGGCGGGUUCUUUCGCCCCUGGCCUACUGGCUUCUAGAAGCUUUGCCCAAGCAGGCUUUUGGAUGCUCUGGCACGCUGGCUUGUUGCCACACGGGGUGUUUUGCUGCAACGCAGGGCUUGCGAACUGGCCCGUGAGGUAUGACACCCGAGGAGGUCUAGUGGCCCGAUUUCCUCGCCUGUCUGGCCUGUCUAACGAAGGCUGUUUCACCAAAGAAGGCAAUCUUGUAGCAAAUUCUCGCGUAUUGCAACGGCAAAGCAUAUCUUUGUUCGCAGGACGUCAUAAUACUCCUCUUGUACUUAAAGAACUUGGCACAGAUAUGAACCUUUAUGCUUUGGUUUUUGGAGAAUCUGUCUUGAAUGAUGCAAUGGCAAUAUCCUUGUACAGGACAAUGUCCUUGGUGAAAAGUCACGCAUCAUCUGGAUCAAAUUUCUUCAUGUUAAUUGUCAGAUUUCUUGAGACAUUUGUCGGAUCAAUGUCUGCUGGUGUGGGAGUUGGGUUUAUAUCUGCAUUGCUCUUCAAGUAUGCUGGUUUGGAAAUUGACAACCUUCAAAACUUGGAAUGUUGCCUUUUCGUUCUCUUUCCAUAUUUCUCGUACAUGCUUGCUGAAGGUCUUGGCCUCUCCGGUAUUGUGUCUAUACUGUUUACUGGAAUAGUCAUGAAACAUUAUAGCUACUCAAAUUUGUCUGAAAACUCUCAGCGGUUUGUUUCUGCAUUUUUCCAUCUGAUAUCAUCGCUAGCUGAAACAUUUGUAUUCAUAUAUAUGGGGUUUGAUAUUGCAAUGGAACAACAUAGCUGGUCUCAUGUUGGAUUUAUUUUUUUCUCGAUUAUAUUUAUUAUAGUUGCAAGGGCAGCAAAUGUCUUUUCUUGUGCAUAUUUGCUUAAUUUGGUUCGACCUGCGCAUCGUCAAAUACCUCUAAAGCAUCAGAAAGCUCUUUGGUACAGUGGACUUCGAGGGGCUAUGGCUUUUGCCCUUGCUUUGCAAUCAAUUCAUGAUCUUCCAGAAGGACAUGGCCAGACUAUAUUCACUGCAACCACAGCCAUCGUUGUAUUGACGGUGUUGUUAAUUGGAGGUUCAACUGGUACUAUGCUGGAAGCUUUGCACGUUGUCGGAGAUGGCCAUGAUGGGCCCUUAGGGGAAAGUUUUGAGGGGAAUAAUGGUUACAUUGCUCCCUCUUAUAAUGAGGAUGCAAUGUCAGGAAACAGGUUGAAGAUGAAACUAAAAGAAUUCCGCAGGAGUGCAGCAUCUUUCACAGCAAUAGAUAGGAAUUACCUCACUCCUUUCUUCACAAGUCAAAGUGGAGAAGAAGAAGAUCUUGAUGACCCGAUGCCCAGUUCUAGAAGAGCGGGUUUCCAUUGAUCGUGGCUAAUUCCAGUAACAGAAGAGAAACACAUACUGAAUCAACCAUGUAGAUAAUUUACAGGUGACUCGCAGGGAGGUAACUGGAGCUGCACAUACUCUUGUAACUCGAAUACCUUUCUGCCUGUUCAUAUAUUACACAAUUUUAGAUGGCAUACAAAUGAUAUAUUUCUGGGUCGUAAUUCUUAAGAAUUUUAAAUUCAUAUGUUUAAUUUUCUAAUUGGUCUAUAGACUAAGAUUUUCCUGAACCUUGGGAGAUUUAAACCAUUGCUUGUCCAUUCCUUUUCACAACUCCAAAUCCUACUCUUACCAGAUUGUUGAUGCAGAUGGACAGUGUAUGCUUCUUGAAUGAAGACAUUACGAGGCCUUAUUUAUUUA